AGCACCCUGGACAGAGGCAGAGCUGACCGCCGGUUACUUCAGUUGUUUAGUGAAGCCGCAGGCUGCCGGGCUCACAGACAGGUCAGCUGACAGUGCUCAUGGUCAGUGGUAUAGGACACUUUUCUACAGCCACUCAGCAUCUCGAGCUUAUCAACACGGAAUCCAAGAACAACUUGAUGAAUAUUCAAAGUUUCCGUCCUCGGUGGCUAACGAAAGGAGAAAGUUCGACUGGCGUCAUUUUUAACAUUUGUCAGAAAUCAAGCUGCCAUCGAACAGAGCUCGAGUCACUCUCGAGAGGAUAAAUCUCCAGGAAAGUGCGGUUUUCAAUCCAUCGGCCAUACUCAGUAGCUCGUUAGUCACAGGCGUUUCGCCUACCCUUGGAAGAUCGGAACAUCUUAAAAAUGUUGCUUGAACACCCGGGGUCAAGCUGUCAAAACACCGGAAACUUCUCCCGGUACAGUUCAGGCCAAGAAAUCCCAGUAUGUGCAGGCUGCAGUCAACACAUCGUGGACCGCUUCAUCCUCAAAGUGCUGGAUCGCCACUGGCACAGCAAGUGCCUGAAAUGCAGCGACUGCCAGGCCCAACUGUCGGAGAAGUGCUUCAGCAGGGGGGACAGCGUCUACUGCAAAGAGGAUUUCUUCAAGAGAUUCGGGACCAAGUGCGCAGCGUGUCAGCAGGGGAUACCGCCCACACAGGUGGUGAGGAGAGCGCAGGACUUUGUCUACCACCUGCACUGUUUUGCUUGCAUCGUGUGCAAGAGGCAACUGGCCACAGGCGACGAGUACUAUCUGAUGGAGGACAGCAGGCUGGUGUGUAAGGCCGAUUACGAGACCGCCAAGCAGAGAGAAGCAGACUCGACUGCAAAAAGGCCACGAACAACCAUUACCGCUAAACAGCUGGAAACGCUGAAGAAUGCUUACAAUAACUCUCCCAAACCUGCCCGACAUGUCCGGGAGCAGCUAUCGUCAGAGACAGGCCUGGAUAUGCGGGUUGUGCAGGUUUGGUUUCAGAACAGGCGAGCUAAAGAGAAAAGGCUGAAGAAAGACGCCGGUCGGCAGAGGUGGGGGCAGUACUUCCGCAACAUGAAGAGGUCUCGCGGAAGCUCCAAAUCGGACAAGGACAGCAUCCAGGAGGAGGGCUUGGACAGUGACGCAGAGGUGUCCUUUACAGAUGAACCACCAAUGUCCGAGCUUGGUCUCACUAAUGGCAUCUACAGCAGUCUGAGUGAGUCCUCCCCAGCCAUUGGGGGCCGCCAGGGGGGCAAUAACCACAGCUCCUUCCCCCUAGAGCAUGGCGUCCUCCCCUCUCAAGACCAGUUUCACGACAUCCGCUCCAACAGCCCCUACGGCCUUCCUCAGUCGCCGGGGUCGCUUCAGGCGCUGCCCAGACACCAGCCUCUCAUCUCUAGCUUAGUCUACCCUGAGUCCGGCCUUUCUAUCAUGACCCAGGGCAGCGGGCCUGGGAUCAACCCUGCUGUGAGGGUCUCCAUGGGGGCCGCCAACGGCCCCAGCUCGGACCUAUCGACUGGCAGCAGCGGAGGAUACCCUGACUUUCCUGCCAGUCCUGCCUCCUGGUUAGACGAAGUGGACCACGGGCAGUUUUGAUUGGCCAACGACUAGAAAUUUGACUUUUUUUCUUUGGGUUUCUGUGUCUUCUUUUGGAUUUUAGGAAUUGGACAAUAGUCACGCCGCACAGUGAUUGUGCAAAGGACUAGACUGACCUUGGAUCUCUUAAACAGCUGAUUAACAGGUCCACUCAAUAUCUGGGAUCGGGAUGGAAGGAAAGAAGGAAGGAAAGAAGGAAGGAGAAAGAUUGUCCUUCUUUUACAGCACUUGGCCCCUCAGUAGUUAAACUGUAUGUAAAGCAAGACAUCUGUCAAAAUAUUCAGUUUUCAGAUACCACUAUAAGCUUUCUCAAAACAAUGAAACUAACUCGAUUAUUCGGAUUUGCACCAACUUCCCCUCUUUAUUCUCAUCUCUUUGUUUUCUACACUGUGUUCACGUGCAGAAUUCAACUCAACGUUCUGAGUCUUUAAAUGUCUGGUUGAUGCCAAAUGUCUAUAUAUAUAUAUAUAUACUGUAUAUAUAAUGGUUGUCAUUGUGGAGACUUUAUUUUUAUACAAACCCCUUCCUGGUCACGAAUAGGAACCCAGAUAAGAGGACUUUGUACAUUCUUAAACAGGGAUAUAGGCAAAAUGUAGAUGUUGUCUUAAAUGGUACCUAGGGGUCCGAUUACUUCUAUGCAUUUGUGUGUUCUCAGAUGUAUCUUGUUCAAUUUGUUCUACUGAAUACAACCCCAAGGAAGAACUUGCUGUAGCACUCGGGGUUUGAUGUAUAUGUUUGUUUAUGUGGAAAAUGUUUUAUGUCUUAUUUAUUCCCUCUGGUAAUGAUGACAAUGAUGAUGAUUCCUCAUUAAAUGACAGGACUUUAAUAAAUUUGUCACCUAAAUCAA